AUGCAGCAAAACAAGGUUCGAUUACUUUCCAAGAAUAUGGGUCUUUCUGAGGAAGAGUGGAGAAUAGCAGCCACGACGACUACAUCCUCCCAAGAAACAGCUCUCUCUUCGGAAAUGAGAGAUCAAUACUUGAGAUUUCUUGAUUAUUCACCGGAAACAAAACGAGCGUUAGAAACCAUUGAAAUGGAUACAAACAUGAGUACGAGCUCUACUGCAAAGCAAUAUUUUAAAACUGAUAAAGAAGGAAACUGUAAAUUGAGCAUACAAAAACAAUUUUUACAGAGGAUAGAACAAAUUGAUGAGAUUGAGGGGGUUCUAAUUUCGUUUCAUCCAGGAUUUUUCUGUGUUGACGUUGUUUCUACAUCCUCCAAUGUUGGUGCUGUCGAUAAAGCAUUGCAAAAAGAUAUUCAAACAGGUUGGGUUCGUGUGGUGAUCAAUGAUGAGUUUGGUAAAGAUAUUCCUUCUAGCUCAGAAGACGAAGAGGAAAUGAGUGGUGAAGGAAAUUACUAG